AUGCCAAUCAACCUCUCUCCGCAAGAAGAGGAAGCCAUCAAAAUAAUCUCAUCCCAAAAAUUCCAUCGCCUUUUCACUCUCGCCGCGACCGAAAAUCAUGGCCCGUUGAAAGUAACGUAUGCAAUAGCUGGGCCAGAAGACGGAGACAUUCCCACGAUUUUGUUUUGUGGGGGAAUGUUCUGUACGAGAUGGCAUAUGAUUAAGUAUGAGCAUUUAGCACAAAAAGAGGGCGUGAGAAUAGUUUCUAUAGAUAGACCUGGUUUCGGUGGCUCUACGCCCGUCCCCCUCUCCUCCCGCAUCCUCAUCUUCCAGGAAACCAUCAUCGCGCUCCUUUCCCAUCUCGGCAUCAAACACAUCUCCCUCGUCUCCCACAGCGCUGGGACCCACUUCGCCUUAAACCUCCUUUACCACCACCCAUCACUCCUCCCCCCAACUCACCCAACGCUAACCCUCAUCUGCCCCUGGGUCCACCAAUCUCAUACCUCGGUCUCGUCCCUCAUUGCCGCUUCUCUCCUCCCUAACUCGGUGUUAAACUACUGGGACAAUUUGAACGGCUUAAUCAUAAAUAAAUUAAGUCCUACGCUCGCUACUAGCUCCGGAGGUUUAUCCGCUUUUGCAGGUGCUUUUAGAGGCAAAGCUGGAAAUGAGACCAACAAGAAAGUCGAAGAACAGGAACGGAAAUGUGAGGAGGUGUAUGGGAUGAGUUUGUCCGUGAAGAAAGAGGUUGAAAAAAUGAUGCGGCAGUAUAUAUUUGAAGAAAACACAAAAGGGGCGAACGAUGAAGCUCGACUGUGUUUGAAAUCAACAGAGGGCUGUGGAUGGGAUGCAUGUGAAGAUUAUCCUGAAUUCGUGAAGAAUCUGAAGCAGAGUUGGGAGAAGAAGACUAAUGGAGAAGGUGAAAAAGAAAAGUUAAAGGUAAAGAUUGUGUUUGCGGAGGAGGAUGCGUUGAUUGGAAAGAAGGGGAUGGAAUAUUUCAAGGAGUGUUGGACGCAGGAGAAAUGUGGGCGGGGGAUUGACGCUGAGUGUGUGCAGACUGAGGGGACGGAUCAUGAUAGUGUUAUAGAUCCGGAAAAGGGGGUUAUGCAGUCAAUUUUGUCAACUGGGAAGGAGAAUGAAGGUAGAAGGUAA